CCUUGGCUUCUUUUGAGUUUUUGGCAAAGUCGAACCCUCCCCGAUUCGAUCAUUCCCCUGGCGGUCCCUCCACCCCCUGACAUCAGCAGCACCAGGGUGUUUGGACCGGUAGAGUCUUAAACCCACGAGAAGUUCUUUCUUGCCAAGUUCUGUCCCAGCGUUGGUUUUCCUUCCUUCGACACGGCCCCCCCUCGUAGGGUGAAGCAUCAAACUCAUCCACUCCCCCAACCUCGACGAGGAAACGAUAUGAGUAACCAGCUGUGCCGAGCAAUGCUGUCGUUGCCGCCACUUUCUCCUUACUCUGAGCCGCCAUCAUGAUCACCAUCCGCCGGCGCCGCCCCGCGAGGCUACCCAUCUACCUGGUCAUCGCCCUAACGUUGCUAUUCCUCUGGCAUACCGGCCUUCCCGUUGGCUGGGGCACCGGCGACAUCAUCUACAACGGCAUCCACUACCGCAAGUCGGGCUACGACUGGGGCAGCUUGACCCUCGAAUAUCCGCUCGAAAAGCCGCUGAGAACCCCGCCGGCUGGCACUCCUCGCGACCUCCCGCAAGUCCAAUACGACUUUGACGGGGGCAGCAGCAGCAGCAGCAGCAAGAACAGUCGGGGAGAAAAGAAGAAGAGCAAGAAACUAUCCCACGACGAGGACCGCGACCAGGAAAGGGGAAAGCAGAUCGAGUCGAGAAGGGCAGCCGUGGUCCACGCCUUCCGACGGAGCUGGGCCAGCUAUGUUGACCACGCAUGGACGUGGGACGAGCUGACACCUGUGUCUGGCCGUGGCAAGAACACUUUCGGCGGCUGGGCGGCCACCAUGGUCGACGGCCUCGACUCGCUGUGGAUCAUGGGAAUGCACGACGACUUCCGCCGCGCUGUUCGCGCCGUCGCCCAACUCGACUGGUCCAACACCACCGAGACCGCCGCCAACAUGUUCGAGACGACCAUUCGUCAUCUGGGUGGUCUCAUCGGCGCCUACGACCUGAGCGGCGAGCCGGCCUUGCUGGCCAAGGCCGUGGAGUUGGGCGACAUGCUGUACAUGGGCUUCGACACCCCGAACCGCAUGCCACCCUUUUGGUUCAAGUUCUCGGAUGCCAAGUAUGGCAGGCAGAAGGUUGGCGAGCGCGAGUCCUCGGCCGCGGGAUGCUCGCUGUCCAUGGAAUUUACCCGCCUAUCCCAGCUGACGGGUGACCCGAAAUACUACGACGCGACCGAGCGUGUGAAAGAGUUCCUCGUCAAGACGCAGGACAAGAGCAAACUGCCCGGUAUGUGGCCCAUGUUCAUGAACUACCGUGAGGAGAAGGUCGACGACAGCUCCUUCAGCAUUGGCGCGCAGGCGGAUUCUCUAUACGAGUACCUUCCUAAGAUGCACGCACUGCUCGGCGGCCUCGACGACGAGUAUGAAAAGCUCACCAGUAGCUCGUUCGAUGCCAUCGACAAGCACAUCCUCUUCCGCCCCAUCCUGCCCAACGUGACCGACAUUCUCGUCCCGGGCAAUGCCUUUGCCCACGCGACCUCGGUCGACCUGACGCCCGAGGCCCAGCACCUUGGCUGCUUUGCUGGCGCCAUGUACGGCCUCGCCGGCAAGCUUCUGGGCCGGAACUCGUACGUCACUAUUGGCGAGAAGAUCUCGCGCGGUUGCGCCUGGGCGUACAAGGUGUUCCCCACGGGCAUCAUGCCCGAGAUCAUGACGUUCCACCAUUGCGCCGAGCCGGACCACGGCGCAUGCGAGUGGGACGAGAAGAAACACGGUCGCCCGGGCGUGCCGGGGGGCGUCAAGCAGGUCCGCGACGGCCGUUACAUGCUUCGCCCGGAGGCCAUUGAGAGCAUUUUCUACAUGUAUCGCAUCACGGGUGACGACGAGUGGCGCGACGUCGCCUGGGACAUGUUUCAAGCCAUCCAGCGCGCGACCGAGACGCCGCUGGCCUACUCGGCCAUCGACAACGUCAACGUGCAGCCGGGCGACACGACCAAGACGGACUCGAUGGAAAGCUUCUGGUUCGCCGAGACGCUCAAGUACUUCUACCUCAUCUUCUCCCCGCCCGACGUCCUCAGCCUCGACGAUUGGGUGCUCAACACCGAGGCGCACCCCUUCAAGCGGCCCAAGAGGAUGGACCACGUCGAGACCGAGGCCGAGAUUCGAGGGCAGUCCAAGUAGAGAGAGAGACAUUCUUGUAUUGGUCAUCAAAGAUCAUGCACCUAGGCGCAUCAUGGGCAAUUUAUAGAGUUUCGUAGCUGUAACUACGAGACACAUAGAGAGGGCUUUACCUCGCUGUUUGUAUGUGAAAUUUCGCAUCGUACACUCUUCAUACAGAAAUCAGACUCGUAGGCUUCAUACCAACCAUCCACCAUUGCUCAGUGUCAAUGAUGUCUACAUGGACUGCCUUUGACUCCAGACCUGCCUGGGUCCUUUCGUCGAUCUCCAUGUCGUCUUCCCGGCCAGCAACUCGCUACAGCAGGCCCGACUGCAUGUGAUGAGCUCCCCAACCACCGAAGUGAACGUCCACCUCGUAACAAGGAUUCAUCACAGUCAACCCAGCAGCCAUGGCCCUUUGCCCCCCUUGCAAGGGCCUUUCACGAUCUGGCCCU